AUGUGUGGCACCAAACAAAUUGUCGACCAGUGCAGAACCUGCUACGGCAUCAUCUCCAAAGAAGAGAUUCCCACUCUAUGCCACAAGAGAAUAUGGAUGUUGCCCGAAACCUUCGGACACGCAAAGGCCUACUGUCCAGACCAAGGAAGGGUAUGUUACUGGGAGUCAUUGGAUAUCACAAAGGGGCUGGACAUGCCCUGCCACCCGCGAUCGGAGAGCAGUCUGGGGACUCGCUCGUUAUCGCACGGUCUGGACCAGACCCGAUCGACGAGCCCCUGGCAAAAUGUGAGCGUCCUCAAUCUACCUGCUGAGAAGAAACCGAAAGGCAUAGCUAGUACGGUCAAGGGAUUAUUUGGUAAGUGUCUUUCCAAGGUUAUUCCUGGGGUCGCUAGGUCCUCGAAGUCCUCCUCGUCUUGGUCGGCUCUCGACGAGUGGGAGGAUAUUUGUGGUGAUGAGGAACCCAAGGACAAGAAGAAGAAAAAGAAGAUGGCUGCGUCUAUACCGACAGUCACGAGGGUGUAA